UUGAUUGUAUACACCUGUGUCCAUGGAGGGGAUUGGAACAGCUGAAUCACAUGAUUGGGAGGGGAUUGGAACGCCUGAAUCACAUGAUUGGGAGGUGAUUGGAACACCUGAAUCACAUGAUUGGGAGGGGAUUGGAACACCUGAAUCACAUGAUUGGAGGGGAUUGGAACACCUGAAUCACAUGAUUGGAGGGGAUUGGAACACCUGAAUCACAUGAUUUGGAGGGGAUUGGAACACCUGAAUCACAUGAUAUGUAGAGGAUUGGAACACCUGAAUCACAUGAUUGGGAGGGGAUUGGAACACCUGAAUCACAUGAUUUGGAGGGGAUUGGAGCACCAGAAUCACAUGAUUUGGAGGUGGAGGGGACAAUACUUUUGGCAAUAUAGUGUAUAUUAUGU